GAGGAGGGUCAGAGUACGCAUUUGAGUGGGACUUGCCUGCUCCCCUCACACCCUCUCCUGUUCUCCAGCAUGGUGUGCCUGUAUUUCUCUGGAGGCUCCUGGAUGGCAGCUCUGACGGUGAUACUGAUGGUGCUGAGCCCUCCCCUGGCUUGGGCCAGGGAGACCCAACCACAUUUCCUGGGGUAUUCUACGAGCGAGUGUCAUUUCUCCAACGGGACGGAGCGGGUGCGGUUCCUGGACAGAUACUUCUAUAACGGAGAGGAGUGGGUGCGCUUCGACAGCGACGUGGGCGAGUUCCGGGCGGUGACCGAGCUGGGGCGGCCGUUCGCCAAGUACGGGAACAGCCAGAAGGACUUCCUGGAGCGGGCGCGGGCCGCGGUGGACACGUACUGCAGACACAACUACGGGGUUGUUGAGAGCUUCACGGUGCAGCGGCGAGUCGAGCCUACAGUGACUGUGUAUCCUGCAAAGACCCAGCCCCUGCAGCACCACAACCUCCUGGUCUGCUCUGUGAAUGAUUUCUAUCCAGGCAACAUUAAAGUCAAGUGGUUCCGGAACGGUCAGGAAGAGGAGGCUGGGGUGGUCUCCACAGGCCUGAUCCCUAAUGGAGACUGGACCUUCCAGACCAUGGUGAUGCUUGAAACAGUCCCUCAGAGUGGAGAGGUCUACACCUGCCAAGUGGAGCACCCCAGUCGGAUGAGCCCUAUCACAGUGGAAUGGAGGGCACGGUCUGAAUCUGCUCAGAGCAAGAUGAUGAGUGGAGUUGGGGGCUUUGUUUUGGGGCUGCUCUUCCUUGCAGUGGGGCUGUUCAUCUACUUCAGGAAUCAGAAAGGACAUCCUGCACUUCAGCCAACAGGACUCCUGAGCUAAAGUGAAGUUGAUCACACUCAAGGAAGAAUCUUCUGUCCCAGCUUCUUCACAUUAUGGAAAGAUUUCAGCUUAGCUCUAACUCUUCCACAAUGAGAGUACUUUCUCAGGAUCUUGUUUGCUCCUGGUUCAGUGACCCUGUAGAAAAUGUCUUCCUAGGUUGCUUUCUUAGCUCCACCCUCACUGCUCGGCCUCCAGCCUUUGACCUGGAAAUUCUCAAUAUUGAUUGUAGUACUUUAUAUUCUUUCUUCCCUGGUCCCCUUUAUUUUCAACCUUUGCUGCCUCCUGUGCAUCUGAACUCAUCUUCUGCUUGUAUUACUUUAUAAUGUUUUUCUCAAAUAAAUACGGAAUGAAAAUCAUUUGCUUCAUACGUCUUCAAAGAAAGAAGUCAAAAGAAAAGAAAAAAGGAAGAUUACCUCACACAUAAUAAUGUUUUUAUUUAUAUUCCUGAAUUUUGGUCAUAUGUGGAUCUGGAAUUUUCCUUUCUUCCUUUCCUGUUAUUCUCUUGGGUUUUCUGUGUUCUGUUAUUAGACAUGUUUUCCUGAGCUGGGAGAAAGCCCUUAAUGAAUGCAUUUCAUGAUGGUUCUCUACAUCUUUGUAUUUUC